AUGGAGGCUCUCCACACUGCCAUCGACAACUUCAACGCCUACGUUGGAAAGUCGACCUUUGGCAGGAUCUUUCGCCUCGACGGCUCUGGACAUGACGAUGAGAUCAAGCACACCCGGUUUACCACUGAAGUUCGAGCUGGCCUCACAUCCUUCUUUACCAUGGCGUACAUCAUCGCCGUCAACGCCACCGUUCUCUCCGAUACCGGCGGAAACUGCGUAUGUAACGACGCUGCCGAUAAGCUGUGUAUGAAGAACAGCGAGUAUCUCAUCUGCAAGCAAGGCACGAGCAAUCCUGCACAUGGAGCCCCAGACACAACUAACCCGCGCCCAGAUCUCCACCGCAGUCUCAUUACCGCGACAGCAGCUGUAGCCGGCUUCAGUUCCUUUUUGUUUGGCUUCUUGACCAACAUGCCAGUGUGUCUCGCCCCGGGAAUGGGACUCAACGCCUACUUUGCCUACCAAAUCGUCGGUUUCCACGGGAGCGGCCUCAUCAGCUACAAUCUCGCACUGACUGCCGUCUUCGUCGAGGGCUUCAUCUUCAUCUUCUUGUCUUUGAUUGGAAUGCGACAAUGGCUCGUCAAGAUCAUUCCCGUGUCGCUUAAAAUUGCCGCUGCUUGCGGCAUUGGACUGUUUCUGGCCGAGGUUGGUCUUAGUAGCAAUGCUGGCAUUGGAGCCAUCUCUGGAGCCAAGAGUACGCCACUUGAUAUUGCUGGAUGUCCGGAUCAAUACAAGGAUGAUUAUGGUGCUUGCACAAGCCACAAGAUGACUUCUCCGACAAUGUGGCUUGGUAUCAUGGCAGGCGGCAUUUUGACGGCAUACUUAAUGUCAUACAAAGUCAAAAGUGCCAUGAUGUUGGCUAUCCUUCUCGUGUCCAUCAUCUCAUGGCCACGAGACACGCCAGUGACGUACUUUCCAAGAACCGAGAUCGGCGACGAUCGUUUCAGCUUUUUCAAAAAGGUAGCCGAGUUCCACCAUAUUGACCGGACCCUGAACGUGCUGGAUUGGAACAUAGCUGGCAAAUCGGGCCACUUCGCACUCGCUCUCUUCACCUUUCUCUACGUGGACAUUAUCGACUGCACGGCUACACUCUACUCGAUGGCGCGCCUUUCUGGCGUCGUAGAUCCAGACACUGGAGACUUCCCCAGGUCGACGCUCGCCUAUUGUACAGACGCUUUCUGCAUCUCCAUGGGCGCACUUUUUGGCUGUUCGCCCGUGACGGCCUUUAUCGAGAGCGGCGCCGGUAUUGCCGAAGGAGGAAAGACAGGCUUGACAGCCAUGACCUGUGGGGUCUGCUUCCUCCUGUCCAUGUUCUUUGCGCCGAUUUUUGCGUCGAUUCCACCAUGGGCUACUGGAUGCACCCUGAUCCUGGUUGGCUGUCUCAUGAUGCGUCAAAUCUCGUCGAUCAAUUGGCGGUACAUUGGUGACGCCAUCCCGGCCUUUGUUACUGUCAUGUUCAUCCCCUUUGGCUAUAGCGCGGCCUAUGGUCUCAUUGCGGGUCUCAUGGUUUACACGACGCUCAACGGCAUGAUCUACCUCACUAAAAUCAUUUCCGGAGGCUAUAUUGUUCCUGAUGACGAAGAUAACCGGGAAUACUGGACUAUAAAACCUCCAGGCCGCCUCCCCUGGUUCGUCUCUGCAGGUCAAACAUUGGCAAACCGUGUGCGGGGAAAACCGCCUUCACAAGAAGAUGUUGUGCUCAGCGACCGCAGCGUAGACUCAGACUGGAAAUACCGCCAGCGCAUUGGCUCGAAUGGAUCGCAUCGCGAGCUUGACACUGUCAUUAUACAAACGCUACCCGCCGACCCUCGGCACGAGAAGGUGUUUGCUAAGAUGGGGGAGCAUGAAACGAGGAGAUGA